AUGACUACUCAAUUAGUCAUGUGUCCUACGAGUACUCGGUUCAUUCGAAGAACAAUACCGUUUCAAAUCGUUACAUCGAACCCGUCUGAGAGCGAGUAUAACGGGCCCUACAACAAGCUUCUCUAUACCCUUUUCCCCGCCGAUAGUGAUUUCGUGGUCGUUCCCCUAAACCUCCUACAUCCCAGAAAUCCCGCCGACUUCAUUUCCACGUUCGAAGUUCUUCUGCUGAAAAUACCAGUUUUAGUCCUCCAGUUGAAGCCUCCGAGCCACCUGAAUGUUCCGUCUAAGCAUCAGGCCGCGGAUGAACAGAUCAGAAGUCAUAUGGGUGAUCUCGUCGAAUUCUGUCCUCUCAGGACGCUCUACGCUGUCAGCGCUCUAGAAACGAAGUUGUGCUUCUACAACCUUGACCCAAGAGAUGAAAAUGCGGAAAUCGUGCCUCUCGCCAUCCCACGCCACGCUACGAGACUGAACGAUACCGCACCUGCGACUCGUUGGGGUUAUGACAUCUUGGAGCCCUCGAGAGAGGAGCGAUUUCGUAAGAUUGUGGAAGAAAUUAAGGCUGGGCGUACGGUUGUCGUGUAA